CAAUAUGAACCUUGAAACAUGCCCUGCCAGCAGCCAGAACUGAAGAAGUUACCAUAUGUUUGCCCUUGAUGUAUAUUAACUUGAUCACACACGUACACUAUGAGGUCUGCAUUAUCUCCAUUUUUUAGCUGAGAACACACCUGAGUCACCAAUCUUUUUUUUUUUUUAAAGAUUUUAUUUAUUUUAUGUAUACACCUGCCAGAAGAGGGAAUUAGUUCACAUUAUAGAUGGUUGUGAGCCACCAUGUGGUUGCUGGGAAUUGAACUCAUGACCUUUGGAAGGGCAGACAGUGCUCUUAACCACUGAGCCAUCUCUCCAGUCCCGAGUCACCAAUCUUGAGGGUUGGAAGAUAGGUCUGAAGACACCCAGGUACUGUGUAACAAAGCUGGAGGAAAACUAGAAUUACUUUCUGCAUGGCAUCAACCUAAACAGAGGGUUUAUAAUGAGCGGUAUCUCCUUGGCACUCUACCAUGCACACCUUGUCUCUUUGGGCUGUCCUGUUGUCCAGCCGUGCCUAUGCCCAGCUGAGAACCAGAGGCCACACAGUGCUAGCUGAAGCUGAUGUCUUCAAGGCACUGGCCCUAGGGAUGCGGUAGCAGAUAUGUGUGCCAGAUACAGAUUCCUGGUGUACACGUGUAAGUAUGUGAAUGCGCCUUGUGGACACCCUCGCCAAGCAGCAGGGACGUACAGUGGACAUCUCCAUAACACCUGCUGGGUAUCAUAUGAUACUGCAGUUUUGCCCAGGCAUCCAUUCCAAAAAGUCAACAGCGUCCACCAUGUUUAGGUGCCAGAAACCUGCUGUGUUAGUAACAGCUCCCUCACACCAAGGCUAAGAGUGGAUGUCUUAGCUAAGCUUACUGUUGCUCUGAUGAACCACUAUGAACAAAGCAACUUGGGGAGGAAAGGGUUCAUUUGGCUUACACUCCCCUAUCACUGUUCAUUAUCAAAGGAAGUCAGAACAGGAACUCAACAGGUAGGAACAUGGUGGCAGGAGCUGAUGCAGAGGCCAUGGAAGGGUGUUGCUUACUGGCUUGCUCAGGCUGCUUUCUUAAUAAAACCAAGGCCAAGGCCCACCGGCUCAGGGAUGGCACCACAAUGGGCUGGGCCUUCCCCCCCCCCCGCCAUCCAUCACUAAUUUAAAAAAAUGCCCUACAGCCAGAUCUUAUGGAGGCAUUUUCUCAGUGCGGUUCCCUCCUUUCAGAUAACUCUUAGGUUGUGUCAGGUUGACAUAAAAUUCACCAGAAGCAGGAAAGAGAAACUGUCAUCUGCAGCAAGCACACACCUGGCUCUAGCAGCUGCAGGAACCUAUUUGUUUACAGCCUUUUCUCAUUUUCAUGGCCCAGCUUGAAUACUGCAGAGAGGCGCCUGUGCACCUGCCAAGGUGUUACACUGAGGACCAACAGAAUGGCCGAAGGUCUCCACAGCUUGGGCGUCAGAGCUCCAGAAGGACAGCUGGGCCUCUCGAGGAGUCGGCCUUCCCCGGGCCCAAGGCCGGUUGGGAAGCCCAAGAAACUCAGCCUGACCUCUCCCUAUUCCAUCUGAAGGUUAGGGCCCUGGCUAGCCACCUGUCUAUUGUCAUUGUUUUGAGGGACCAGCUUUACAGCCUCUUCCUAUUGACGGUAUAAAAAGUGUCUCUGUGACUACAAGUAUGGCCCUGAUGUUCCCUAACCCCCAGUCAAGGGAAACCCUGAAACCCUGGAUGCUUCUCCUCCAUCCUUUUUUAUGGUCUGUCAAGCUGCUCUAGGAAUAAAGGGUGCUGAGGGGCUUGGGAAUAGGCAGGUGACAGGACCACAGUCAAUAGUCACAGUUGGCUUGGUGAGUCACUCUUAGAGAGCUUAUCAGUGGAAUCACUGUACACAAGCCAUCAGGCUUGAGCUAUUGCAUAUAUCACCGGAGGCCCUUAGGGCUUGGCAGCCAAGCAUGGCAGUGGUUUUGCUAAACAAAUCCUCUGCUCCCUCCCUUGGACAUCUGGGGCUCCAGCCCAGCAUACCCAUCUGUUGUCUCUGCUGGAAGCUUCUGCCUACCAUGCUAGGCCUGGCUGUCCUGGGCCUCAGCCUGGCUGCUCUCCUGGACCUUGGGAUGGGGGCCUCCUUGUGCUUAUCACAGCAAUUUAAGGCACAAGGGGACUACAUACUGGGUGGGCUAUUUCCAUUGGGCUCAACUGAGGAGUCCACUCUCUACCAGAGAACACAACCCAACAGCAUCCUGUGUACCAGGUUCUCGCCACUUGGUUUAUACCUGGCCAUGGCUAUGAAGAUGGCUGUAGAGGAGAUUAACAAUGGAUCUGCCUUGCUCCCUGGGCUGCGACUGGGCUAUGACCUGUUUGACACUUGCUCAGAGCCAGUGGUCACUAUGAAGCCCAGCCUCAUGUUCCUAGCCAAGGUGGGCAGUCAAAGCAUUGCUGCCUACUGCAACUAUACCCAGUACCAGCCUCGUGUGCUGGCUGUCAUCGGGCCCCACUCAUCAGAGCUUGCUCUUAUUACAGGCAAGUUCUUCAGCUUCUUCCUCAUGCCACAGGUCAGCUAUAGUGCCAGCAUGGAUCGGCUAAGUGACCGGGAAGCAUUUCCAUCCUUCUUUCGCACGGUGCCCAACGACCGGGUGCAGCUGGAGGCUGUUGUGACUCUGUUGCAGAAUUUCAGGUGGAACUGGGUGGCCGCCUUAGGCAGUGAUGAUGACUAUGGCCGGGAAGGUCUGAGCAUCCUUUCUGGCUUGGCCAACACACGAGGUAUUUGUAUUGCACAUGAGGCCCUGGUGCCACUAUAUGGCAGUACUGACCAGCAACUGAGCAAGGUGUUGGAUAUGCUACAACAGGCAAACCAAAGCAAAGUCCAUGUGGUGGUACUGUUUGCCUCCGCCCGAGCUGUCUACUCCCUUUUCAGCUACAGCAUCCGACAUAGCCUCUCACCCAAGGUAUGGGUGGCCAGUGAGUCCUGGUUGACCUCUGACUUGGUCAUGACACUGCCCAAUGUUGCCCGGGUAGGCACUGUGCUUGGGUUUCUGCAGCGGGGUGCCCUGCUGCCUGAAUUUUCCCAUUAUGUGGAGACCCGCCUUGCCUUGGCUGCUGACCCAACGUUCUGUGCCUCCCUGAAUGCUGAAUUGGACUUGGAGGAGCACGUGAUGGGGCAACGCUGUCCACAGUGUGACUCCAUCAUGCUGCAGAACCUGUCCUCAGGGCUGCUGCAGAACCUGUCCGCUGGGCAGUUGCACCACCAGAUUUUUGCAACGUAUGCGGCCGUGUACAGUGUGGCCCAGGCCCUUCACACCACCUUACGCUGCAACGUCUCAAGUUGCCCCACAUCACAGCCUGUUCAACCCUGGCAGCUCCUGGAGAACAUGUACAACAUGAGCUUCCGGGCCCGAGACCUGAGCCUGCAGUUUGACAGUAAAGGCAACGUAGAGAUGGAGUAUGACCUGAAGAUGUGGGUGUGGCAAGGCCCGACACCUGCGUUACACACGGUGGGCACCUUCAAUGGCACCCUUCAGCUACAGUACUCCAAGAUGCACUGGCCAGACAACCAGAUGCCAGUCUCCCAGUGUUCCCGGCAGUGCAAAGAUGGCCAGGUUCGCAGAGUAAAGGGCUUUCAUUCCUGCUGCUAUGACUGUGUGGACUGCAAGGCAGGCAGCUACCGGAAGCGUCCAGAUGACUUGACCUGUACUCCAUGUAACCUGGAUCAGUGGUCUCCAGAGAAAAGCACAAGCUGCUUACCUCGAAGGUCAAGGUUCCUAGCCUGGGGAGAGCCUGUCGUGCUGUCACUACUCCUGCUGCUCUGCCUGGUGCUAGGCCUAGCAAUGGCUGCUCUAGGGCUCUUUGUCCACCACUGGGACAGCCCUCUUGUUCAGGCCUCGGGUGGGUCACUGUUCUGCUUUGGCCUGGUCUGCCUAGGCCUUUUCUGCCUCAGUGUCCUUCUGUUCCCAGGAUGGCCACAUCCUGCCAGCUGCUUUGCCCAACAGCCACUGGCUCACCUCCCUCUCACAGGCUGCUUGAGCACACUCUUCCUGAAAGCAGCUGAAACCUUUGUGGAGUCUGAGCUGCCACUGAGUUGGGCAAACUGGCUAUGCAGCUACCUUCGGGGACCCUGGGCUUGGCUGGCUGUAUUGCUGGCCAUUCUUGUGGAGGCAGCAUUAUGUGCCUGGUACUUGAUAGCUUUCCCACCAAAGGUGGUGAGAGACUGGAGGGCACUGCCCACAGAGGUACUAGAGCACUGCCGCAUGCGUUCCUGGGUCAGCCUGGGCUUGGUGCACCUCACCAAUGCAAUACUGGCCUUCCUCUGUUUCCUGGGCACUUUCCUGGUACAGAGCCAGCCUGGUCGCUACAACCAAGCACGUGGUCUCACCUUUGCUAUGCUGGCUUAUUUCAUCACUUGGGUCUCUUUUGUUCCCCUCCUGGCCAAUGUGCAUGUGGCCUACCAGCCCGCUGUGCAGAUGGGUGCCAUUCUGUUGUGUGCCAUGGGCAUCCUGGUCACCUUCUACCUGCCCAAGUGCUAUGUGCUUCUGUGGCUGCCAAAGCUCAACACCCAGGAGUUCUUCCUGGGAGGGAUCCCCAAGGAAGCAGCAGAUGGGAGCAACAGUGGCAGGGGAGCAACUCAGGAACACAAUGAAUGACCACUGACCCAAUGGCCUCACCUCUAGUGAGCCCAGCCCUAGUAGAGAUAAUCCAGGCCAACAAACCCCAAACAGUACCUCAACUUGAGACACUUAACUAUAGAUGCUGACUCCAAGUUGUCCACUGACCUUAGCUCCAGUGAUCUCCAGGCCUGUGGUGUGCAAGACAGACCCUAUGACCGUCUCACCUAUCCCUCCAAAGCAACACCAUCCUUGAUCCUGUUAUGCCCACCUAAGGCCUGCCCAGGUGACUGAGACCCAUUAUCUUAGGAAGGAGGCCACUAAGGGUUCUUUAGGACUCCAUCGACAUACUUUGAAUUCAGGAAUGUCCCAGGCAGACCCUGGAAGGCUAGAAGG